AUGGGCCCCUGUACCGCCUCCUCAUGCUGCUGCCAGGCCCGUAAUCUGCCAUGGGCCCCCGUACCGCCUCCUCAUGCUGCUGCCAGGCCCGUAAUCUGCCAUGGGCCCCUGUACCGCCUCCUCAUGCUGCUGCCAGGUCCAGAGUCUCUCAUGGGUCCCUGUACGGCCUCCCAUUGCUGCUGUCUCCAUCGCCACACUCUGCCAUGUGCCACUUUCAGGUCUCCUCACACUGCUGGUGGGUUCCAUUUUGUCAUAGGGUGCUGUAUGGCCUCCCAUUGCUGCUGCCUCCACCGCCACACUGUGGCUCCACACUCUGGUUUUGGCCCCGUGACUGCCCAAAUGAGUGAAGUGUGCGGUGAUUCUAAGAUCGACGGCACUCAUCUGCAUGUCAUACUGACUGACAGUAUUAUUUCUCUUCCCCAGCAGACUCCAAGGGCAUUUAAAAUUAAAGGUACAGUGUUCUGCACUAAUAUA